ACCAAGCAGUGUCUUGGAACAUUCACACACACUCCUCUGCUUCUGAACCAUCUGCACAGAAUAUGGGACGUCUCACUGUAGUGACUGUUAUGGCAGUGCUCUUCAGCCUUUUCAUGGAAACUGAAGCAAAUCCGUUUGUUUACAACUAUGAAAGGCUACGAAUUGGAGGCCUGAUCUUUGCCUGCUUGUUGGUGGCCGGAGGAAUAGUACUUGUAUUUUACAAAAAGUGUUCUACGAAGGACAAAAAAGCGGAAGAUGACAACAGUGAAAUCUGAUACCGUGCCUGACAAACCAGUUUGGUCCAGGAGGAAGAGCUGACAGGCAAGGGGUGGAGCGACUGGGUGCAUGGUCGGGGUUGUACCUGUACAGACCUGUGCAAAGAAACACCAUUGAUUUAAAAAACAGGUGAAGGGCUGCUGAAAUUAUGAAGGAUGUGAAGGCGGUCUCAAAGAUUGAAAUGUCAUCAUGAAGCCCCCCUUGUGUUGAUUUGUUUUUAAUGCUGAAAUGUAUCCAGCUCUUGUAUGGAAAUCAGGCUCAUUUAUAUUCUCCCUGUACCUGGAACCUUCACAACAGUCUGUCUGUCUCACGUAGUGCUUAUAGUUUAAUCAUUAUGUUGCAUAUAGUUACUGAAAUAGUGCAUCAUAAGGAACAUUUCCUGCUGUUCAUUAUAUGUUUUGCUGUAUGAUAAUCUGUAGAGUUAGAUUACCAUGUGGUCAACCAUUUCAAUAUUGACCAGGUUAGAAAAUGUGUUGGAAACCUUUGGUGUGCAAAUCCAAAAUUAAAAUAAAUGUAACUAUGCUAAACUAAA